GUCCAGAAGGAACCACUAUCUUAAACCUUCAGUUCAUCUCCCAAUCCACCCCCGAUAUCCAGCACAAGCUUCAGAAGCUUGAUGACAGCCUUCAAAGCCCACAACGAGACCUUCUUAAUUUAUCCUUCAAAGUUUUUAACAAUCGUGAUGAGGAAAGUAAAAGGCAAAAACAGGCAGAGUUUCAAAUGCUAGCCACCGCCAUCAGGACCCUGCAGGCCCACAGGGCCACAGCUCCACACGGAGGGCUCCUAGUAAUCCACCUCCACCCGGUGCCUGUUUCAAGUGUGGCAAUGAAGGCCCCUGGGCCAGACAAUGCCCAAACCCAGGUAAGCCUACCAGGCCAUGCCCCCUCUGCAGAGGACCACACUGGAAGUCGGACUGUGAGUGGCCCCUGCAAGGACCGCCCCCAUCCCUUCCUGAACCAGCCAAAAGCCCCUGCUCGGAUCUCAUCAGCCUCGCCGCUGAAGACUGACAGUGCCCUCUAACGGACACCCCAGCAACUACCAUCUCUUCAUCCAAGCCAAGGGUAACCAUGAUGGUGGCAGGUAGGCCAGGAUGUUUUUUAACUGACACUGGGGCAACCUGCUCUGCUUUACCUAAUUUUUUAGGACCCACCCAGUCCACCC